CUCGGGCCGGGAGCCGGGGUUGGAGCCUGGGCGGAGCGGGACCAGGGCCGGACAGGGCCGGGCAGGGCCGGGCGGGCUACCCCGUCAUGGGCAAGGACCAGGAGCUGGUGCAGGCGGUAAAGACGGAGGACGUGGGCGCCGUGCAGAGGCUGCUGCAGAGGCCGCGGCCCGGGAAAGCCAAACUUCUGGGCUCGGCCAAGAAGGUCAAUGUCAACUUCCAGGACCCUGAUGGCUUCUCAGCCCUUCACCACGCUGCCCUCAAUGGCAACACCGAGCUCAUUGCCUUGCUAUUGGAGGCCCAGGCCGCUGUGGACAUCAAAGACAAUAAAGGGAUGCGGCCUCUGCACUAUGCAGCCUGGCAAGGCAGGAAGGAGCCUAUGAAGUUGGUGCUGAAGGCAGGUUCCGCUGUGAACAUCCCGUCAGAUGAGGGCCACAUCCCACUGCACCUGGCCGCCCAGCAUGGGCACUACGAUGUGUCCGAGAUGCUCCUUCAGCAUCAGUCCAACCCCUGCAUCGUGGACAAUUCGGGGAAGACGCCUUUGGACCUGGCCUGUGAGUUUGGACGCGUCGGGGUGGUGCAGCUGCUCCUGAGUAGUAACAUGUGUGCGGCCCUACUAGAGCCUCGGCCAGGAGAUGCCACUGACCCAAAUGGCACCAGCCCCUUGCACCUGGCAGCCAAGAAUGGCCACAUUGACAUCAUCAGACUCCUCCUCCAAGCUGGCAUUGACAUUAACCGUCAGACCAAAUCAGGCACUGCCCUGCAUGAGGCCGCACUCUGUGGGAAGACGGAUGUGGUUCGGCUCCUGCUGGAUAGUGGAAUCAAUGCCCAUGUAAGGAACACCUACAGCCAGACCGCGCUGGACAUUGUCCACCAAUUCACGACUUCCCAGGCCAGCAAGGAGAUCAAGCAGCUGCUGAGAGAGGCUUCAGCGGCCCUGCAGGUGCGGGCAACGAAGGAUUAUUGCAACAACUAUGACCUGACAAGCUUGAAUGUGAAGGCAGGAGAUGUGAUCACUGUCCUUGAACAGCAUCCCGAUGGCAGGUGGAAAGGCUGUAUCCAUGACAACCGGACUGGCAAUGAUCGUGUUGGCUAUUUCCCGUCUAGCCUAGGCGAGGCCAUCACCAAACGAGCAGGGUCCCGAGGAGCUGACAUGAGCCCAUCCCACCUGUCCCCUUCCCAGGGCAGUUCUGCGGCCCCUCCAGAGGAAAUCUGGGUCCUGAGGAAGCCCUUCACUGGUGCGGACCGCAGCGGCAGCCUGGGCGGAGUAGCCAGUGGGAGAAGCGGGGGCAGCGGGAGCCAUGCUCUGCACGCCGGCUCUGAAGGGGUCAAGCUCUUAGCGACUGUGCUCUCCCAGAAAUCUAUCCAGGAGUCAGGUCCAGGGGACAGUCCAACUAAGCCCCUCGAGGGGCCUGCAGGUCCCUCUCGUGCCCAGCCUGUGACACACACAGGCCAGGCCUAUGGCGAGCAGCCACCCAAAAAAAUGGAGCCGGCGUCUGAGGGAAAGAGUGCGGAGGCUGUGACCCAGUGGCUCGCCACCUUCCAGCUGCAGCAUUAUGCCUCCAACUUCAUCACCUCUGGCUAUGAUCUCCCCACUAUCAGUCGCAUGACCCCCGAGGAUCUCACGGCCAUUGGUGUCACCAAACCUGGCCACCGGAAGAAGAUAACCACAGAGAUCAACAGCCUGACCCUCCCCGACUGGCUACCUGAACACAAACCCGCUAACCUGGCUGUGUGGCUUUCCAUGAUUGGCCUUGCCCAGUACUACAAAGUGCUUGUGGAAAACGGCUAUGAGAACAUCGACUUUAUCACUGACAUCACCUGGGAGGACCUGCAGGAGAUUGGCAUCACCAAGCUAGGGCACCAGAAGAAACUCAUGUUGGCAGUCAGGAAGUUGGCAGAGCUGCAGAAAGCUGAGUAUGGAAAGUAUGAAGCAGGGGCCCUGCGCAGGAAGGCCCCGCAGUCACUGGAGGUGGUGGCCAUUGAGUCUCCCCCACCCCCGGAGCCCACCCCUGCUGAAUGCCAGUCACCCAAGAUGAUCACAUUCCAAGACAGCGAGCUAAGUGAUGAACUGCAGGCCGCCAUGACGGGCCCACCCCCGGGUCCUGAGGGUGGGGCCGAGAAGCCCACCAACAGUCUGCCCCCCACACCUCGGGCCAGUGCCCUGCGUCAUGAGCCCAGCCUGAGCGGGAGGGCACGACACAUGAGCAGCUCCCAAGAGUUGCUAGGAGAUGGGCCUCCCGGACCCAGUGGACCCAUGUCCCGUAGCCAAGAGUACCUGGCUGACGAGGGCGCCUCCACUCCUAGCCCCAAGGAGGCCCGGCCCACUCGUCACGGUCAUGGUGUCAAGAGAGCCAGCGUACCCCCAGUACCUGGCAAGCCCCGACAGUCCUUCCCCUCCGGUGCUGCGGGGGGCCACUUCACGCCCCCUCAGACACCCACCAAGCCUCGUCCUGCUUCACCACAGACCCUGGGUGCUCCACACAGCCCAGCCCCGGCCACUGCCAAGGUGAAGCCUACCCCGCAGCUGCUGCCUCCUGCCGAGAGGCCCAUGUCUCCCCGUUCGCUGCCUCAGUCCCCCACCCACCGGGGCUUUGCUUAUGUGCUACCCCAGCCUGUAGAAGGUGACAGUGGGCCACCCCCGCCGACAGCUCCUGCCCCUAUGCCCGUACCUGUGUUGUGUCUGCCCCCCGGGGCUGUGGGGGAGGUGGAGGAGGAGCCAGGGCGGCCCAAGAAGCGGGCACACAGCCUGAAUCGGUAUGCAGCCUCUGAUAGCGAGCCUGACCGAGAUGAGUUGAUGGUGCCCGCAGCCGGGCCCUAUGCCACGGUGCAGAGGCGGGUGGGACGGAGCCACUCGGUAAGGACCCCUGCGGGCAGCGAUAAGAAUGUCAACCGCAGCCAGUCCUUUGCAGUGCGGCCCAAGAAGAAGGGGCCCCCUCCUCCCCCACCCAAGCGCUCCAGCUCUGCCAUGUCCAGUGCCAAUCUGGCAGACGAGCCGGUUCAGGAUGGAGAGGGUGAGGACGUCAGGCCCGAGGAGGGCCCAUCAGGUGGGCGGGCCCAGCGACGGAGGGCCAGCGACUUGGCUGGCAGCGUGGACACAGGAAGUGCAGGCAGUGUCAAGAGCAUCGCAGCCAUGCUGGAGCUGUCAUCCAUUGGGGGUGGGGCCCGGGCUGCCCGUAGGCCCCCGGAAGGCCAUCCCAUGCACCCGGGGCCGGCCGGGCAUCCUGCUAGCCCCGAGCCUGGACGUGUGGCCACAGUACUGGCCUCAGUGAAGCACAAGGAUGUUAUUGGAUUGGAUGGGGAGGUCGUCAACCGUCGGCGCACCCUCAGUGGCCCUGUCACUGGGCUUCUGGCUGCUGCGCGCCGUGGGGAGCAGGCCCCCCCAGAGCACAUCCCCUUCGCGGAGGAGGGCAGCCUCACUAUUAGGCAGCGGCCACGGGGCCCAGCCAAGGGGGAGGGGAGCGAGGGCCCUCCGCUGGCCAAGGUGGAGGCCAGUGCCACGCUAAAGCGGCGCAUCCGGGCCAAGCAGAGUCAGCAGGAGAACAUCAAGUUCAUCUUAACCGAGUCUGAUACAGUGAAACGGAGACCCAAGACCAAGGAGCGGGGGGAGCCUGGGAUGGAGCCACCCCCACUGUCUGUGUAUCAGAACGGCACGGGCACUGUCCGCCGGCGGCCGGCCUCUGAGCAGAGCGGUGGGCCUGCAGAGGUGCCCCUGCUGCCUCCACCUGCUGCGCCCCCUCCUGCCGACCUCGCCCAUCUGCCGCCUCCACCCCCACCUGACGGAGAGGCCAAAAAGCCUGCUAAGCCCCCGGUGUCCCCCAAACCCGUCCUGGCCCAACCGGUCCCCAAGAUCCAGGGCUCACCUCCGACCACCUCCAAGAAGGCACCACUUCCCAGCCCUGGCAGCCCAGAGGUGAAGCGGGCCCACGGAACGCCCCCUCCGGUGUCUCCCAAGCCACCACCCCCGCCCACAGCACCCAAACCAGUCAAGGCCCCUUUGGGACUGCAGUCUGUGAGUGCCAGCCCCACACCCACACCCUCCCCUGCCCGCCAGGCACCUGCUGCUGCCGCUACCAGUAAGCCAGCCAGCACGCCGCCCUCACUCUGUGCCAGCCCUGCCAAGCCCCCAUCGCCGGGUGUGCCCCCCCAGCAGGUGCCCAUCAAGCCGCCCCGAGCUGCUGUGGCCAUGCCCCCCGGAGACGCCAGCGCCAGCGAGAGUGCUCACCAGAAGCUGGAGGAGACCAGCGCCUCCCUGGCCGCCGCCCUGCAGGCUGUGGAAGAGAAGAUUAAGCAAGAUAAUGGGCAGGCAGCUGAUUCGGCCACUGAGUCCAAGAGCACGGUCAGCAUCCUGGAUGACAUUGGCAGCAUGUUUGACGACCUGGCUGACCAGCUGGAUGCCAUGUUGGAGUGAGCCCGUCAGGUGCCCAGCCAACCUCAGGACUCCCCCCCUUGCCCCACCCCGGGCUCCACACACAGAACUUUACCUCAGGAUUGGGCUCCAAGCCGGCCAUCCACUUGGCCGCCUUCUUUGUGCUGCAGGCUGGGGGGGGUGUGCUCUCUGGGGGGUUGGCCUCCUUCAUGGAACCCCCUCCCCAUCUGGCCCCUUGCUGCUGCUGUCUCCUUGCCCCAUCCUUGACCUCUGCCUGGCACUGACCCAGCCUCCAGGCAGGGACUUGGGCUGGAUGAGGGUGUGGAGCAGGUGGAGAGGUUGGGGGGGCAAGGACUCAGAGUCCUUGGGGGCUGGAGUAUUCCUGGGGGUAGGUGGGAGGAGACUGAGGGGGUCACCCCCCCUGCCCUAGGGCCUGGCUGAUCAGAUGGUAGUUGGCGGUCAAGCCCUGGUAGUUGGUGGUUGGGAUGUUGGGGUGGGGUGGGGGACUGGAACUGAGAGCAGUGCCCUUGAAAGGGGUCCCCACCCCUUGCCCUUCCAUGCCCCCCCUGAUCACAAGCACAACCUUUCGGGGGGCCAUGAGCAGAGCAGGAAGCUGGGGUCAGAGGUUGGCCUACCUUGUCCAAGGGCUUUCUGGUCCCUGGUGAUGCUGCCAGUGAUCACCUCACAGCGGCCCUGGGCUGCAUUCCUCUUGCUUCAUGCUCCCCACCCCUACCCCCUGCCCCAUGAUGCAAUAAUAACAGCUGGGUUAGCUCUUCCUCCCUCCUCCUCCCCCUCCUUUAGUCCCCAGCAAUCUAUCUGGUAUGCACCCUUCUCUAUCCAUCUCCACUACUACAGGGAGAAGGGGAGGGGUUCAGUUCCUGGGCACAAGCCCCCAGGCCUCAUCUGGGGGCCCUUGGUCUUAUGUCAGGCCCCUAAGGGUGACGAGGUGUCGAGGGUAGGGUCAAGGCCUGGCUUUCCAGGGUUCCCUGUGCCCAAAGGACAGCAAGUCUAAGUGGGGCUGGCUGGAGGUGGAGACAGUAGAAGACAAGAAGGCUUGUGGGCUGGGCUGGCCCUGGGCUCCCUGGACCACUGGAGGGUGGGGGAGUACCCCCCAGAGGCAGGCCCAGCCCCGCUACCUUCCCCUUCCUCCCAAUCAGCCGCAGAGCACAGGCCUGACGACCAGAGGUACUGCACAGGAACUGAUUUCGAUUGGGGAUUCUUGGUGGGGGGGGCGGCAACUGCCUCCCCUUGCUUAACUUCUGGGGCUGGGGGUGGUGGUGCCUCUGCCCCAGCCUCCCCCACCAACUGGCCCCAUCACAGCACAGAGAGACUGGUCCUGGGGUGAGUCUGCGGGGACAGCUCCUCCCAAGGCUCCUGCCCUCAGACUGACCCAGGUCAGUGUGCUCCUAAUGACCGCACCCUGCCCCUAGCCCCAGAGGGAGAGGCAUAGACCAGAUAAUAAGCUAUAGAAGAGUAUUAAUUUAUUGGAAAUGAGCUGAGGCAGAUUUUCCCAGAUAUCCAAAAGGGUAAAAACUUUAACUUUAACAAAUAUAUAUUUAAAGAAAGAAAUAUUAUUGAUUCUAUAGAAAACCAUUUACCAACCAAGAGAAAACUGGAUUUUCGUUUGAGACAAAAGCUGUCGGAGGCCCAGGCCACCUGUCUUGUCUGUCUGUCUGACUGUCUGACUGUCUGUCUGUCCCUCAGUGGUCAGACCACUUUCCCAGUAGCACAAACAGGAGGCUUCCCAUCCUCCAGAGGUGGGACCAGUGUCCCUGGGGGCUCCGCCAAGUCUCCAUCCCAUCCCCGCUGCUCUUCUUUCUUCAUCUCUUUCUCUGCGUUUGAAGAACUCGAAGGAUGUGCCUUGUUUGCUGACGGGCUGCGUCCCCGGGCACCACACCACAGAGACCUUCGGGCACUAGGGGCUUCCCUUCUCCUCCUCCUCCUCUUGGGUGUGGCUGCGGCCCUGGGGAGUGUGAGUGAGUGAGUGUGUGUGGAGGAAACACACACCGAGUCAGAGUCAGGCUGUUUGUGUGGUGUCUGCCUGUCUGCUUUGAGGGUAGCUGUGGGUGUGGAUGAGGGCACAGUGAGGUGUGGAUAUGUCACACAGAGUGGGGCCGUGUAUGUGUGUUGGUGUAUCCUUCUAUGUUAGCACACGUGGGUGUGUCUGUGUAGGGCGAAUGGAGUGUGUUGGUGUAUAAUUCCAUGUGUUUUGGCACAUCUAUAUGGUGUGUGUGUGUGUGUGUGUGUGUGUGUGUGUGCGCGCGCGCGUGCCUGUGAGGGCAUGAGUGACCCUCUAGAAUGCAUCAGUGGCUAUUAUUCCUGCACCAAGUGGCCAGUGCAGACCCCACUCCAAGUUCCAAUGAACACCUUUGCUCGUGGUCUGAAAAGUGUUGUGUGGUCAUUCCUUUUCUCCUCCUUUCCCCUCCACCCUCCCUGAGACCCCCUUUCCUGCAUCCUCAAAAAGUACUGGCUGGUCUCUAUUGUUGUGUUUGCUGAUCCAGAUGUGUUGGGCACAACUUUUGACAUUUCUUAAACACUAAUUUUUUAAAAGCCUGAAACUAGCUGUUGUGAAGACGACUAUGUGUGUGUAUACCCCAAAGGCCUCUGGGCUGGGGAGACAGGUGGACGGACAUAGUGUGCUCUGUGCUGGUCGUUUGGUCCAGAUUCUGUAUUGUGCUCCAUUGUUCCGGCUGUCCAUCUCCCUUGGUGCUCCCCACGCUGUAUGUGUGUGUGUGUGUGCGUGUAUGUGUGCGCGCUGCCAUCUCCCUGAUGACUGGUGAUGCCCCCUUCCCAUGGGGCUGAGGCUGGGCAGCAAACAUCCAAAGCACCCGGACCAAGGUCCCCCGACACAGCCAAGAGGACAUCACAGCCUUGUCAUUGCCACAGUGGAUGAGAUUCACAGCACCCAGGCCAUCCAUCUGUGCAUCUGAUCAGUGUGUCUGAGGGAUCCGGGCCCUGGACCGGACUGGACUUUCUAGGAUCUGUGUGCCCGGCCCUGUGGGAUGGUGAGUGGUCUAUGCAGCCGUCUGCGCUUCCUGCCAUCGGCUCUCAAUAAAUGUCAGAAAAUGGAA